UACAGUAGUAAAGUAAAAUUAAAUAUUAUUAAUUUUUGAAGUUUGAACUUAGUAUUUUUAUUUUGUUGGCUAAUUGAUAAUCUGAAAUUUAAAAUAUUGCAUUCGAAAAUCAAGUGAUAACUCAAAGUCUAUUAAAAUAUAUAUCUAUACCAUAUUGUUACUUUUUCUGUAAAAUUUUAAUUUUAAUAUAAUGAUUUUUAAAACAUGCGGUAAAGUGAUUUUAAAUUCAAGUACAAAUUUAAUUUUUAGAUUCAACUCUAAUUUUGUACCAAAACAUAAGCCUGUACAAUCAUCAGAUGUAAAUACUCUUAAUCGGUUUAUUAAAGAACACAAAAAAAUUCUUGUAUUAACUGGUGCAGGAAUAUCAACUGAAAGUGGUAUACCUGAUUAUCGUUCUGCUGAUGUUGGAUUGUAUGCGACAAGUAAAAGUCGACCAGUAAUAUAUCAACAAUUUGUUAAAGAUCCAAAAGUUCGUUUACGUUAUUGGGCUAGAAAUUACGUGGGAUGGCCUAGAUUUUCAUCAAUGUCACCUAAUUAUGCACAUAAGUUUUUAAAGAAAUUGGAAGAUAAUAAUAAAAUUGUUCAUAUUAUUACUCAAAAUGUUGAUAACUUGCAUACAAAAGCAGGAAGUAAGAAUAUUCUUGAAUUGCAUGGUACUGCUUAUGUUGUACAUUGCUUAAAAUGUGGUUAUGAAAUUGAUAGACAUCGAUUUCAAGAUGUUUUAUCAAGUUUAAACCCCCAAGUUUCCAUUAAAGAAUUAUACAGUAUCAGGCCUGAUGGUGAUGUUGAACUUACUCCAGAAGAAAUUAGCGGAUUCAAGGUUCCAGAAUGUCCAAAAUGUGAAGGAAAUUUAUUAAUUCCACGCAUUGUUUUUUUUGGAGACAAUAUUCCAAAACAACGCGUGCAGAGGGUGAAUGAUUUUGUGGAAGAAUGUGAUUCACUCUUGGUUAUGGGUUCAUCUCUAUUUGUAUAUUCCGGCUAUAGAAUAGUUUUGGAAACAAAAUCUGCUAAUAAACCUGUUGCUGUAGUAAAUAUAGGACCAACUAGAGCCGAUGACUGUGUAAAUUUUAAAAUUGAAGCUAAAUUUGGUGAAAUAUUACCAUUAUUAAAUUCUUGAUCUACCUCUAAGA